CACCUUAUCAUAUGCAUUUCACUGUAUGCCUUUUGCAUAUAUACGUUCAUCUAUCAUGUUCACAAUGCCACUACUCUUCGCGUUCACCCUAAACCUUUCCCGUCCUGAGAAAUGGAUUACAGCACCCAUCUGCCGAUCUACAGGGAAGACGCCGACGCCGACGAAACCGACCGUCAUCUGAAACACCGUCGCUCCGCCCGUCACUACGCGCGGCGCGUGAAAGACAGCCUAACCACGCGCGUGUCGAAGCUCAUCUGCGCCGUUGUGUUGGGCCUUCUCGCCAUUAUCGGCCUCGUAACGUUCAUCCUAUGGCUAAGCCUCCGCCCCCACCGCCCCAGAAUCCGCGUCGAGGAUUUCUCGCUCCCGGCGCUGGGCCAGGGCUCCGGCAUCGAGAACGCCCAGGUUAACUUCAACGUCACCGUCAGAAACUCCAACCAAGCCAUCGGGAUUUACUACGACGACGCCAUGCAGAUCACGCUGUGGUAUGACGACCAAAGCGUCGGAACCGUUUCUUUGCUGAACCCGUUCUUUCAGCCGCCCAAGAACACGACGGUCGUCGCCGGUUCCCUCGCCGGAGCUGCGCUCAACGUCACGAAUCAACACUGGGAGCAGUUCGUCAACGAUGUGUCGCGCGGUUUGGUGCUUUUCCGGCUGGAAUUAAAGACGACCAUUCGGUUUAAGGUGUCGUCGUGGAACACGAAGCGUCAUAGGAUGCAUAGUAAUUGCCCUGUCGGAAUCGGACAAGAUGGCACCAUUGCAGCUAAUUACAGAGACAAGAUUUGCUCAGUUUAUUUCAGUUAGAUAACUAACUUUUUCUUAGAGCAUCCACAAAGUGUAAAAUUCUCACAUCCCAAUCUCCGCACUUCAGUCCAACAAAAUAGUAAAUUAAAUGAUAAAUCAGGGUGACUUGAUAUUA